AUGGCACCACUUCCACAUGUUUGUUUAAUCGCUUCACUGCCAGAGCAAACUGACUUCGCUGAGCCUCGGGCAACGGCGACCUCCGAGUUGGACUCCGAAGUGGAGUUCAAGCGCCGAGCUUUGCAGCUGGGAGUGACCCAGGCCAACAUAAAUGCGGUGGUGGCGGCUGGCUUCAAGACUUUCGGCCAGUACGCCUUCAGUAUCCCUUACCAAUCAGGAAGCGCUGAUGAGAGCCCUUUGGUUGAUCUCCUCACAACAUGCCUCACUCGCGAGCCGGAGGCGGGACAACUCUCCUGUCUCAAGCGCGGAGUCUCACGGCCUGGCUCUGCGAGAUCUUCGCCUUCGUCAGGAGCAUGGCGCCGAAUCGGUCAUGAAGAAAUUGCCGACCUCCGAGAGGAUGACCCGAUCGAGGCACAGCGCAAGCGAUUGAACGAGAUCACUUACGGGGCCCAGGAGACUUUCCAGGUCAAGCAGACCAAAACUUUCUCACUAGAUUCCGAUGGGCAGCUCCGUGUUGCCAAUAAAGGGGACGACAUCGAGUGUUCGACGGCCGGCGAGUGGAAGCUACUCAUGGCUCUCCAACGGAAAUCCCUUGCUAUGGAUUUGGCGAAGAUUUGGCCCACCAUUCUGAAUUCCUUGGACCAAGGCCCGGACAGCCCGGACAAGCCCGGACAGUCACGACGAUCAGCCCGGACAACAGUCCGGACAAGCCCACAGGAAGCCCGGACAGUCACGACGAUCAGCCCGGACAACAGCCUUACAAGCCCAUAUGAAGCCCGGACAGUCACGAAGAUCAGCCCGGGCAACAGCCCGGACAGCCCGGAAGAGGAAGCCCGGACAGUCACGACGAUCAGCCCGGACAACAGGCCGGGCAAGCCCACAGGAAGCCCGGACAAUCACGACGAUCUGCCCGGAAGUCCGGACAGUCACGACGACCAGUCCGGACAACAGUCCGGACAAGCCCACCGGAAGAUCAGCCCGGGCAACAGCCCGGACAGCCCGGACAAGCCCACAGGAAGCCCGGACAGUCACGACGAUCAGCCCGGUGGCUCACUUCGAGCCGGUGAUUGCGACCUCGACUUCAGUCGGGGUUCCUGGGCCUUCAAUGCUCGUGACGGCUGCCACGCUGUGGCGCCUUUUCAGGGUCGUCGGGUUAUGCUCAUAGCUUUCAGCACCAAGGGCGUUUGCGAUUCCGACUCUGAGGUGUUGUCUCAGCUCCAGUCCUGUGGUUUCGCCCUUCCCAGCGCUGAUGCUGCGAUGCCCGCGUCUCCAGUGGGCCCUCUGCCUGACAUCAGGAGCUCUGUCACUCAUGAGCCCCUGAAAGUGCUGAAGCCUUCCCGACUUGUUGUCCUCGACCUCUUCUACGGACGAGGUGUUGCAGCUCAGGCCCGAACGACAAUCCACUUGGCAAUACUUGCGGCCUUUGUUCUCGGCAAGGUGUAUGCGGAGAACCUUGCCGAAAAUCUGCGCUUGCAGGCGGCUGGUGAGGACUUACUUGUUUCCCCCCAAUCGGGGUUGCCAGAUGCUAAUCCUGCCGUGCACAAACAAGCUAAGCUCACCAAAAUGCAGCCGAUUAUGCCCGAGUUCAAGUACAUGGUCAGCGUGCACGUCGCUGAUUGCUCCCAGCUGCAGCUGGAUGACAAAAAGUGCCUGCAAACCGCUUUGCAGUCCGUUCCCAAGGGUGUUAGGCUCCUUAGGCUCGCUUUUCUUGGGGGUGGUUCUCUUAAGCCUAAGUCCCUCUCCCCUUCGUCGAGUACCCCUGCCACCGCCACGUUUGGCGUGUUUCGGACUCCUGAUGAGUUCGUUGCUGCCAGCUUGUGCCUCGAGCAUCCGUUCGACGCUUUUGCACACGUGCCUGAUGGUCUCAUCAGGAAUUUGGGGCGGCUGCUUAUCGACGGUCCCUUGCCCGUCAUGCGACGCCGGCUUGACCUACUUACCAAGUGGUCUGCGUGGGCCGAUGAACUGGCCGAGCCUGAGAGAGCUCUUCAUGCUUCGCUUGAUCCUAGAGUUGGUGCGGUCCUUUCUGGCAAGAAGUUGCUGUUGCUGGAUCGUAUUGCCAAAUCCCUUGCCUGGCCAGACGAGGAUCUUUUUAAGGACCUUAAGGAAGGGUUCGGCAUAGGGAUUUUCACGCCAUCCUUUAAGCCUUCGGAGUUCACUGAGGAAGAGCUUGAUCAAAGAGCGAAGUUCUUGCGACCGGCCCUGUGGGCCAAAAUCUCAUCUUCAAAAUCUGAGGAUUCCGAUGCCGAGCUUUGGAGCCAAACUCUUGCUGAGAGGGAUCAGAAGUCCUGGCUGAGCGGCCCAUAUAGCUACCAUGAGCUCAUUGAGAUUUUGGGUCCGCACUGGAUACCUGUACGGAGGUUCGCGAUUUUCCAACGAGGGAAGCUGAGGUGCAUUGACGAUUUGUCCGAGAACAGUGUCAACUCGUCCUGGGAAGUGGCAGAAAAGAUUGACAUGCGUGCGAUGGACGAAUUUCUUUGGAUAACAUCGAGGCUCAUGCAAUCCAUCGUUGAUCGAGGUUCUGUCAACCUUCGUCUUUCUUCUGGUGAAGUGAUCAGCGGAUCUUUGCAUACUGUGUGGCGCACGCGGCCUGAGUCCGCGCGCCCAGUCUUGAAGUGCGUGGAUUUGAAGUCUGCUUACAAACAGUAUGCUAUAAGGCCAUGUGACAGCAAGAGGUGUGUGGUCAGCCUCAGGCGGCCCUCCGACGGGCAAGCCGUCGGUUUCAUUUCACAUACCCUACCCUUCGGCUCGCUCGCGAGCGUGGGGCAGUUCAAUCGCGUUGCCCGCUUGAUUCACCGCAUCCUUAUUGAGCUGGAGUGCCUGGCCUGUAACUAUUAUGACGACUACCCAGUGCUCGAUGUGAGUAUGCUUUCGGCCAACACCGAGAAGACGAUCCGCAAGCUCAUGUGCCUCCUGGGCGUGAUCUGCUCAGAGGACAAGGAGUUGCCUUUUUCUUCGGUGGCCGAUCUCUUGGGGGUUCGCUUGGAUCUUAGGGCGAAGGACUUUUCUUGCGUCACUGUUGCCAACAAGCCUGACAGGGCUCGCGAAAUCUCCGAGUCGGUCGCUAAAGUCCUAUCGGAUGGCCAGGUGGUGGUCAGAGAAGUCGACAGCUUGUUUGGAAGGAUUCAAUAUGCCGAUUCCCAAAUCAUGGGCCGCAGGGGCAAACUGGCUUUGAGCACGCUUAGGAAGCUCUCGCGAGGCUCGGGCGUUCAUCGGCUUUCUCCUACUGAUCGCGAAGCCUUUGCUGUCUUGCAGAUGCGCAUGGAUGCUGGCGAGCCCAGGCGCAUACAGGUUGGUAGCUCUGGGCCUUCGCUUGUUGUUUACACUGAUGGCGCAUGUGAGCCUGGUGCUGCUCGAUCGCUCUGCACCGUUGGGGGAGUACUUUAUGCUUCUUGGAAUGGGGCUGUAAAGGUCCGAUAUUUCGGGGUCACGCUGAGUGACUCCCUGGUCGACCUAUGGGCCGAGAGCGGCAAGAAGCACCUGAUAGGGCUUGUUGAGUUGUAUGCUUUGGUGCUCGCGAGAUUCGUCUGGGGCCGACUCCUCGAUGAUCGAAGGGUGCUUUAUUUCAUCGAGCAUGUGGGAGUGCUCGCCGCUACCAUCAAUUGCACAUCUAGGGACGAGCUGUGGAGGGCUCUGCUUAUACAUCUUGAAAAGGCCGAUGCCAGGCCUUGCAUUGGGUGGUAUGCUCGUGUGCCUUCUCAGUCCAAUCCCGCUGAUCCCCCGUCGAGGGGCUGCUGGAUCUUUCCGAUGUGCGAACAUGCGAUCCGGGACCAUCUUGCUUGUUUUGCCACGGGCGAAUUACUGCGCUCGUCUUGA